UUACUGCGUAGUAUACCACAGCACUGUCAACAUGGGCUGCUGUUUGAGUCGACCAGGCUCCGACUACUUGAUUUAUAUAAAGACUGGAGACAGGAAAAAUGCUGGAACUGACGCUAAUGUUUUCAUAAUACUUCACGAUGACCAAGGUAGAAGGAGUGAAAAGAUAACUCUCGACAACUUUUUGCGAAAUGAUUUCGAAAAGGGUCGCAUGGACACGUUCUCUGUUCCAAGAAACAAGUUCUCUGCACUUAUAGGACAGCUAACCAAGAUCGAAGUUUGGAGGGACGAUGCUGGCUUUGGUAGCGACUGGUAUGUGGAGAGGAUUAUGAUAGAAAAUAAAGUAACCAAUCAUAUCUAUGUGUUUCCCAUAUUUCGAUGGAUUAAGCCUGAUUAUCACUACAUGAUCAAACAUCUCGACACCUCGCUUCCACAAGAAGACGAUAAUUCAGAACAGAGGAACAUGGAGCUCGUGGAAAAGAAAUCGCUGUACCAGUUUGAACAAAAAAUUCCUGGAAUGCCUGCACAGAUAUGAACAUCAUUCUAUCAAGUCAGGGAUCAUGGCUAGGAGAAAGAGAAAUGCUAUUCGAGAAAAGAUUCAGUCAAGACAAAUACCCCUACCACAUGACUGGCCUGGUUUUCUAUCCCACCAAGACAACAAAAAUUGACUUAGCUAGAAUUUUUAUCAGGUGAGCUGAUCAGUACAUCCCCAUCAGAUGAGGUGAUCAGUACAUCCCCAUCAGACAAGACUAUUGUAGUUGCUGGAGGAUUCACAGAUAGAACAGAUAUCAGAAGCAACACUCCAGACAUCAACAUCACACCUUUACAAGGUUACCAUGAGGAGGCUGAUACUUUUAAUUGUGCUUCACUUUGUGAAUGGAAGUUCUGACUCCAUUGUGGUUUAGGGCACGGGACGUAGCCCAGUGGUAAAGCGCUUGCUUCUUGUGCGGUAAGUCUAGGAUUGAUCCCCGUUGGUGAGCCCAUUGGGCUAUUUCUCGUUCCAGCCAGUGCACGACACUGUUAUAUCAAGGACGUGGCAUGUGCUACCAUGUCUGUG